AUGGGAAAUUCAAAAUAUUCCCAAAUAUUCUUGGUGGCUGUGGCGGUGAUAUUAUGCUUAUUUGUUCCAUAUAUACAAGCAUCAUCUCCUUUAGGUGGAAGUAGAAGUGGAGAUGAUGGUGGAAAGACACGUCCAGAGAUAUAUCUAUUUAAAAGCAACUCUAAUAGUACUGUGGUACUGUCUCACCAGAAUGGUACCAUCUACUUUAUCGAUAUGGAGUCACUCGAAAUUGAUCGAGAGUAUCGACUUCGAGUACCCUACUCACCAAGCAAUGCUGGAUACUUGGAUGUGAUCAACGGUCACCUCUACAUGGCAUUUAACGAUUUUAGAUCCAGUAUUCGAAUCAAUCAAUAUAAAAUCGAUGAUUUACAAGAUGCCAAAGUCAUUCAAAUCUACGAAGAAGGAUUGAAUUUUGGAGAGAAUGCAAUGUUUGUUGAUCAAGAUCGACGAUUAUUGACAUUUAUAACGUCUAGAUCGAUUCGUCAAUUUGAUAUUGAUACAAUGGUGAUCAAGAAACACUUGUAUCUUUCUCCAAGUACACAAUGUCAAGCAACAGAGACUGCUGUUGUAUACAAUGAUAAUCUCUAUAUUGGAUGUCUAUCGAAACAAUCCACUCCCCUAUUCCUAAGAUACUCUUUAGAAGAUUUGGAAUUAUUGGAACAAGCAACACAUCAACAUGGAAUUUACCCUCGAAUUGUACCGGCAAAUAUUGAUCGUGAACCAUCAAAGAUCAUAUUAUUGUCACCUGAUGACCUCAGUUUAAUCGAUACUUAUGUCAUGCCAACAGCCAUUCCAUACAUUCAAUCAUCAAUUGCAAACAAAGCAAAUAAUGCAUUAUUAUCAUUUGGAACAAGAGUAUAUUCAGUUUCUAUAAAUGAGGGUACUAUUAAUGUUGAUGUUGAAGAGAAAGAUAUUACUUAUUUGGGAGGAGCAAUCUUGUCAUCGGUAUAUUACAAAAAGGAACAAUGUGCAUUGUUUAGUACUGACUGGGACCGAGUGUACAAAGUUAGAAUCCCAGGUAUCUCACCAAUACAUGAUCAAGUUGAAAAGGAGGGAUGGACAUGGUGGAAGAUUGUAUUCCUCGUUGUCGGUCUCACCUUUGCCCUCUCGUUGAUCGUUGUCUUUAUCAAACUAUACGAUGACAUUAAAAGUGGAUCAAUCUUUAAAAAGGAUAGAAAGAAUAACAAUAAUGAUCCCAACGUUAACCAAAAUGGUGGAAGAAAUCUAAUAUUCAAUCAUCCAAGAUAUCAUAAAAAUAUUAUUAAAAAGAAUAACAACAAUAAUAAUAAUACCAACAACAAUAAUAACAACAAUAAUAACAAUAAUAAUAAUAAUAAUAAUAAUAACAAAGCAAAUUAUAAAACAAUGUGUUGUGGGUGCGGUUUGAUUGAUCAAUCUCUACCACUAGUCAAUACAAAGUCAAUCAAGAAUGCAUUCUUUAAAGACUACCUAAUGUUUGAUCAGUUGGAGAGUGCAAUAGUCUAUCAUCCUAGAUUGAGUGCUAUCAAGAUGCCAUCAACACUCAAACGACUCACUAAACACAUUGUGUUUGUUGAAGAUCAACUAUCGACCACUACAUUGGAGCAACUACAUAUUGUACAACAAGACAAAGAUGAAGAGGAAGAUGAAGAAUGGGUUAAAAUACGGAGUAUUGUCAUUAAUGACAUAUUCAACUUUAAUCAAUUCUAUAAUCUAACUCAUCUGACACUUGAUCAUACCGAUGUGGUCUACCCUCAUCUAAGCACGGUCUCUAUGUUUCCUCAAUCCCUUAAACAUCUGUCUUUAUUCAUUAAUGACUCGUUUACAUGGGAUAAUCCAGCCACCCAGUUUCCAAUGUCUCUAGAAUCACUUCAGAUGAGAUGGAGAAAAGGUGAUGAAAGUGGAUACUACAACGACGAUGAUAUACAACUCCCCAAUCAAUGUCUCUGGGAACUGUCUCUUCAAUUGGUUCCAUUUGACAUUUACAGAAAGAUAAUCAUACCAACUGGAGUAACCGACCUCUUACUCAAGAUACAGAGACGUAGAACCAUCACUUAUUACCCCGACCAUCCACUACCAAACACUAUUCGUACAUUCGAAUUCAUGAGUGAUAUAUGUUUCCCACCCGACACCUUUAUUCCUCCAGAGACAAAGAGAAUAGAUUUCUGUAUGCCUAGUGACACUGAUGACACUAGCAGAUUCUUUCAAUAUUUUCUUGACACUUCCUCCAGGACUAGAGACGUUUGUUGA